GUUUUAUAGAUAAUGUUUUCUUCACGUUUGACUUCCAUUCGUCAACGAUAUUAUACUUCAUCAACAAGACAUCAACAUUAUGUAUAUCGACGAUCCAAUAGUAGUCAAGCAACAGGAUAUCGAUCUCUUGGAUUACGUAGAGAAGAUAAAAGUCGUUGGGAACGUCGAACUGCUUUGACUCCUGCUGCUGUUCAACAACUUAUUCAUGAAACUGGUACCAAUGUUUAUGUUCAACCUAGUACUAAACGUAUUUAUUCUGAUGCUGAUUAUAAAAAGGCAGGAGCUAUUGUGACCGAAGAUCUUUCCAAGGCAGAUAUCAUUUUAGGCAUUAAAGAAGUCCCUUCUAGUUCUUUAUUGAAUGAUAAAACAUAUGUUUUCUUUUCUCAUACUCAUAAAGGCAAUCUUGGAAAUAUGCCCAUGUUACAAUCUAUUCUUGACAAGAAUAUUCGAUUGAUGGAUUAUGAAUUGAUGAAGGAUGAACAUGGAAAACGAUUAGUGGCUUUUGGUGAAUUUGCUGGAAAGGCAGGGAUGAUUGAUAUGUUACAUGGAAUGGGUCAUCGUUUCCUUGGUUUGGGUUAUUCUACUCCUUUCAUGUAUUUGAAUAUGGCUCAUGGUUAUUCAUCUUUGGCUUCAGCUCGUUUGGCUUUGGGUCAAGUGGGAUCUCAAAUUGAAGAUCAAGGUACUCCUGAGAAAUUCGGACCUUUGAUUUAUGCAUUUACUGGUGAUGGCAAUGUUGCUCAUGGUGCUAUGGAUGUAUUCAAAGAAUUACCUCAUGAAUUUAUUCCUGCUGAAGAUUUAAGCAAAGUCGUUAAUGAUAAGAAUCCUAGAUUGAACAAGGUGUAUGCUACUCAUUUACAUCCCAAAGAUUAUCUUUCAGAAAAAAAUGGAAAAAGUUUGACUAGUUUUGAACAUUAUUUACAACAUCCUGAUCAAUAUCACUCUGAAUUCCAUCACAAGAUUGCACCUUAUGUCAAUGGAGUGAUCACUGGUGGUUAUUGGGAUCAACGUUAUCCUCGUAUUCUCAACAAUGAACAAUUGAAAUCUAUUCAAUUACAACAAGAAAAAGGAAUCAUUCCUCCUGGAAAAAUGAUGGCUUUGGCUGAUAUUGUGUGUGAUGUUAAGGGUGCCUUUGAAUGUCUUUCUCAUACUACAACCAUUGAUGAUGGAUUCUUUUAUUAUGAUGCCAUUAAUAACAAGGAACAUAAAGAUCCUGAAGGAAAAGGUAUUCAAAUCAUGGGAAUUGAUAUUCUUCCUGCUGAAUUACCUGUGGAAAGUAGUCAACACUUUAGUUCCAAGUUAUAUCCUUAUUUGAAAGAAAUGAUUCACCCUGGAAAAACAGUCGAUAAUUGGUCAUCCAGUAUUCGUGAUGCCAUUAUUGCUCAAGAUGGUGAAUUGACGUCAGCACAUCAAGACCUGAAAUCGCCUCUUGCAUCGGUGAAAGGAGUUCAACAUAAGGAUAAAAAGAAGGUACUUUUACUUGGAUCAGGCAUGGUGGCUGGACCUUUGGUGAAUCAUUUGACAAAACGAUCCGAUGUUGAAAUGGUUGUAGCAAGCAAUAUGAUUCAAGAAGCUCAAGCUUUGGUGGCCAAUAAAUCAAAUGCUCAAGCCGUUACAUUAGAUAUUUCGAAUCAAGCUCAAUUAUCUACUAUGAUUUCUAAAGCAGAUGUAGUUGUUAGUUUUGUGCCUGCGUUUUUACAUGCGAAUGUUGCCAAAUUAUGUGUGGAACAACGAAAACAUAUGGUGACAGCCAGUUAUGUGUCGCCUGAAAUGCAAGCUUUGGAUCAACAAGCUCAACAAUCGGAUGUUUUGAUCAUGAAUGAAGUAGGUUUGGAUCCUGGGAUUGAUCAUAUGUCUGCCAUGAAGAUCAUUGAUGAUGCCAAACGUCAAGGCAAAAAGAUUCGAUCCUUCAUUUCAUGGUGUGGUGGUCUUCCUGCUCCUGAAGCCUCCAAUGUUCCUUUGGGAUAUAAAUUCAGUUGGUCUCCUCGUGGGGUAUUGACAGCUAGUGGCAAUGAUGCUUUGUAUUGGGCUAAUGGAAAGAAACAUUCUAUUGCUGGUGAAGAUUUACUCAAAUAUCAUUUCCCUACGAUCCGAACGGCUUAUCAAGGCUUUGUAUUUGAAGGAUUAGCUAAUCGUAACUCUUUGGGUUAUGCAGAUAUUUAUGGAUUGGGCGAUUUAAAUGAAAUGGAUACCAUGUUUAGAGGUACAUUGAGAUACCAAGGUUAUUCUGAUUUGCUCUAUGCUCUCAAGACUCUAGGUUUCCUUGAUUUGAAACAAUCAUUAACCUGUACCAAUUGGAAACAAUACUUUGAUCAAGUACUUGGAAACCCUGAUACCAUCGCACGAAAAUUGGGUUUGAACACUGGAGAUGUGAUGUUGGAUAAAGUGAAUGAAGCUUUGGACUUUUUGACACAAAAAUUAGAUAGAAUUCCCUUCCCUAGUCAACAAGACAAGGCUUUGGAUUUAUUCUCUUCUCUCUUGACUCAUCAAUUGGCUUAUCAACCUGGAGAAAAAGAUAUGGUGGCCAUGCAUCAUGAAUUUGGUAUCGAAGCUGCCAAUGGGCAAAAGGAAACUAUCACUUCCACCAUGAUUCAAUAUGGUCAAGAACAUGAAACAGCAAUGGCAAAAACAGUAGGUUUACCAGCAGCCAUGGUAACUGAACUCGUCUUGGAUAAUCAAAUCACUGAUCGUGGUGUGUUGAGACCUAUUCAACCUCAAGUGUAUCUCCCUGUGUUGGAUCAAUUGGAAUCUCAUGGUGUAUCCUUUGUAGAACGCGUGAAACCUGCUCAUGCUAUUCACUUACAACCUACUGGUAGUGGUAUUUGGAAAUAGUGAGUUGGAUAGAAAUUACUUUGUAGUCUAGAUAUAUUUUUAUUAUUUUUUAUUAUUUGAUGUUUUUGAAUAAAAUAAAAUAAAAAUAAAAUAAAAAAGAAACAUGUAAAUUUU